AGGGUGGAAUAUGUAUCAGUUCAUUCCCCUCUGACAGGGAUCCUCGACGGGUAUGCACCAGGGCCACAGGGAGUCUGUUCAGUGACCAGACAGAGUGACCCCUGACUGUGACACACGAAGGGGAACCGUUCUCUCCCUCAUUGCCCUGUGCACGGGGAUAGGUAACCUGAGACAGCGAGCAUCGCUCCUUCUUUUAUUUACCCUUUCUCUCAACACUUGGACUUGACAGUCGCUCUGACGAAACAGGCGAAUGGUCUAACGCUGGUUUCGUUAGAGUGUAAACUCCUCCCUCGUUUCUCAGACAAACAAGCCCCUUCCAACCGCCAUGGUCUCAUGGAUCAUCUCUAGAUUAGUCGUGCUGAUUUUUGGCACACUUUAUCCAGCGUAUUCAUCUUACAAGGCUGUGAAAACAAAGAAUGUCAAAGAAUAUGUAAAAUGGAUGAUGUACUGGAUCAUAUUUGCACUGUUCACCACAGCAGAAACCUUCACAGAUCUGUUUCUUUCCUGGUUUCCAUUUUAUUAUGAACUUAAAAUUGCUUUUGUUAUUUGGCUGCUCUCGCCUUACACAAAAGGUUCCAGUGUUCUCUACAGGAAGUUUGUACAUCCAACUCUCUCUUCCAAAGAGCAGGAGAUUGAUGACUAUUUGAGCCAAGCCAAGGAUCGAAGCUAUGAAGCUGUGGUGCAGUUUGGUAGACGUGGACUGAAUGUGGCAGCAACUGCUGCUGUCACAGCUGCUGCCAAGGUAUCUCACCUUCUCAACUUAAUCCUAUAUAUGGAGCUAACAGAGAAGAAGGGACAAGGAGCUCUCUCAGAAAGGCUUAGAAGCUUCAGCAUGCAGGAUCUGACAACAAUUCGAGGGGACAUUAUUGAUGAACAGAUGAGCAAUGUGCAGCCUCAAGCCCAGAGCCCACUGAGGAACAUCACAGAGACAGUUGAUAACUCAGUUUUUAAAAACGGCAUCAUAUUCAAUUUCAUAACAGGUGAUGAAGUCAAUAUUGAUCAGGGUCCAAGGGCAGAUGACGAGCAAAAUAAGAAAAAAUCAGUUGAGGAUUCUGAUGAUGAGAUAACAGGAGCUGUGCUCAAACGCCCCCAUAAACCACAUAGAAAAAAGGUGGAACGUUCUGAGGUAGAGCCAAGACACCCUAAGCCCCCUCCCAGAAAGAGAAGUACCACAAUCUGCACCAGUGAAUUCAUGUGACAGUGAAGCCAGAGUCAUCAGAAUAUAGUCACCUGGAUUCAACCUUUAGUUUUACUGUCCUGCCUUCACGAGCCAAGCAAUGUGUGACACACUGGGAAACAUGAAGAAACCACUGCCUGGGAAGUACUUCACAUUUUCCACAGAUGCCUUCAGCGCCUACUUAUAAGUAUAUUCUGCAUCAAAAUAUGUUUUCUUUUCUUUGUUUGCACUACACACCAUGAUGAAACAAAGUUCAGAGUGAGGCUGAAUUGAAAUGUUUGUGAGUCCAGCGUGUUUUCUUUUUUUUUUGUGUGAGAACAUUCCAGCGCUUCUGUAGUACUUGAACGAUUGGAAUUAGUUCCGAUGCUUCGGAACAAUCUAGGAUAAAAUGUUUUCAGAGCUUUCAGCUAGUAUUUAUGUACACAGGGCUAUCUGCUCUAUUGUAUGCAGGUUUAUCUAUUAUAUCAUACACAAGUACAUCUGUAAUUCAGUAUAUAGGCACGUAUGCUAUUUUGUUCAAACAUUUCAAACACCAUUAUGUACAAAAGUCUCAUCAACUCCAUAUCAAACAGGAUAGCAUCUCUAUUGAAACAGAUAUAAGAAUUUGACAAAUUCUUGUUCAUUAAUAUGUCUAUUACACUGCAGACAGACAUGUAUUAUGCAGUGCAAAAGUGUGUCUGAUCUAAUGUACAUGUUUAUAAAUGUUGCAUAAUACACAGGUAUCUAUUGUGAAGUGUGUGCAGUGUAUCUGUUGCAUUGUACACAGGUAUAUCCACUGUAUUGUGCUCAGGUAUAUCUGUUGUAGUUGAGUUAGAUGUAUUUGUUGGCUAAAUUAAAACUCAUAAGCACAUUGUGCACAAAAUUAAGGCAGUAAAGCUGACAAGGCUAUCAGGAUUAUGUUUCUUUUCAGGAUGAACCUUUUGUGAUUCUUGUACUAUUGACAAUGACAGUAAAGAUUCUAAAUUAGCACCAAAAUACAAAUCACAGCAGAUUUUAUGUUUACUCCUGGAACAGCGUUCCCUGUUCACUGCUGGGUAAUGAUCAUACAACAGAAUCCAUUCUGAAACAUAACGAAUCAACUUCCUCUCUCAACUCUCUUAUCGUGUUCCCUCACGUCACAUUUACCAAAUAGCAGUCAGGAUUCAUCAUUUAGUAAGAGGAUUACAUGGCCAAGUACUGAUUUUUAUUUUGAGAUGGCAAGGAAGAAGUGAAUCAAGAAUGAAAUAAUUUGGGAACAUAGGAUUAGGCCAUUCAAUCACUCAAGCCUGUUCUAACAUUCAGUUACAUCAUGGCAGAUCUGUACUUCAACUCUACUUACCCACAUCUUUCAAUUGCAGUUUUGAGAUUUAACGUACUCCUUCCUUUUGAGGCCUGAUCAGAGUUUGCAAUGUUUAUGAUUAAAAAGUUUAGCUGAACGGGAGGGAGGGGGACGCUAUUAGAACAUUAGUGUACAAACAACAAAGUAAUGGAAUAAUACAGGUAAUCCCUAAUUUUUGAGUGUCAGACAUUUUAUAUUUAUAAUUGUUCAUAUUCCUGCAGGAAUAUUUAGAAUACCAUGUAGAUAGCUUUGUUUUCAAAUCAAAAAACGACCACAACAGACUUUCCUGUUUGUUUCUCUUGGUGAAAAUAAGCAGGUGCGGUUACAGGGAUAUGGGUGAGCUGAAUAUGAUUGUCCUGCUGUAACCAUUUCCCUGUAAUCAGUUUCUGUAUAAAAUUUACUGAUGUUUGUAAUAUCGCAAGAGCCUCUUUGAAUCAUACCGCUAGUGUCAACUAGUGUUGUUAGGAAUUAAGGAAGAAGUAUCAUAAUCACAGUCUAAACAUUUCAAACACCAUUAUGUACACAAAAGUCUCAUCAACUCCAUAUCAAACAGGUUAGCAUCUCUAUUGAAAUAGACAUAAGAAUUUGACAAAUUCUUGUUCAUUAAUAUGAUAGUAGCAUAUUGAACAAUAAAUAUAUAAUCCUUGGAAUUUUGUGACUAUUCAAUAAAAUGUAUGUCCUCUCCCUUUACCUUCCCUCUUCCUUUAUGACGUGCAAAGUUCUUCUGAGCCUGAGUUAGAAGGUUGUGGAUUCAUGUCCUGUAUCAGGGUCUUGAACAGAGAAUCCAGACUGAUGCUGUAUUAGAAUAAUGAGUGAAUGGUGCAUUACUGGAGGUUCUAUCUUCUGAAUCAGAGGCCCAAGGUGGGAUUUAAUAGGGCAGUGGUCAGUCCAUUCACAAGC